AUGGAAGAGCUUGGCCUCUCAGACGGCGCCACCUUCUCGUCAAGGGUCAACCAGACGGGUGGGGGUUCGCUGCAGCCUGUUCUCUGUUCUCCCCGCCUUCCCGCGCCCUCACCCUCCGCCCCAGCGCGCCCAAGAAGCGCGCAGUCUGUCGCAGCCACUUUUGGCAUCGAGGCCUCCAGGUGCCCAGCGCGAAGGCGGAGCCCUGCUGCAGCCGCCUCCUCGGCGCCACAGAGAAGACCCCCCCCCCCGCCUCCCAUCCGCCCCCCAGGAGAUUGUCUGCCCCAACGCCGCGGCCGGGUCGUCCCGGGCCUCCCUGGUUUUCCGCGCUCCUCCCUCUCCGCGCGCCGGGCGCGAAGCCUGCGAGGCGCCAGCAAAGCGCAGCGCGUAGCGCCGAGCGGCUCACCCUGGGCAGUUUCUCCCGCAGCUCAGAGAGCAACCAGAGCCCGCACCCGAGCAGGCGGGCCAGUGGACAGCCGGACCAUGGCUCCCAAAGGACUCGGCUCUCGUGCCCCGGCGCGCAGCCGCUUACCAGGACUCUGGGCAGCGGCGCUGCUCCUGUUCGGUCUGCCGCGCCUCUCCGUGCGGGCGGAUGGGAAGCUCUUUGUGCUGGAGUCUCAGAAUGGCUCUCAGGGCCUGGCACUGGAGGCAGCUCGGCUUUCCUGUAAGAGUAGGGGUGCCCACCUUGUGUCUGCAGACGAGCUGCGGAGAGUGGUCCAGGACUGCACCUUCUCAGUGUGCACCACAGGCUGGCUCGCAGACGGCACCCUUGGGACAACCGUGUGUAGCAAGGGGAGUGGUGAGCAGCAAAGCAUGAGAGCUGUCGAUGUGAAAAUUGAGAGCAACCCAGUUCCUGGUGGCACCUACAAUGCCCUUUGCAUUAAAGAUGAAGACAAGUCCUGUGGAGACCCGCCUUCAUUCCCACACACCAUCCUGCAGGGACGCACCGGCUUGGAAAUGGGGGAUGAACUGCUAUACGUGUGUGCCCCGGGCCACGUCACGGGCCAGCGUGAGACUGCCUUCACCUUAUUGUGCAAUAGCUGUGGGGAGUGGUAUGGCCUGGUGCAGGCCUGCGGGAAAGAUGAGGCUGAGGCACAUAUUGAUUAUGAAGAUAGUUUCCCUGAUGACAGAUCUGUGUCAUUCAGAGAGCUCAUGGAGGAUUCCCGGACAGAGGUAGAGGUGGAUGGCGAUCAGAGAGAAGCUUCUGAGGAAGCUGCUAAACAGGACCGCCUGGUCUCUAUUUCUGUGGAGAGUGAAAACAAAGCCCACGAUAAGACUUUUGUUCCAACCACUGGCUUGUCCAGUGCUGGGAGCAUUGUCCCCACGGACUUGCCAGGAUCCCGGCUAAAACAGAAGUAUCUUUUCUGGUUACCCACUGAUACUGUCCACAAGCCUGAAUUAGAAAAAGAGAUAGAUGAUGACACCAAAGAACAGUUUCCUGCUGGAGACAACCAGAGUGAUGUGAAAUUGAGCCCAGGUGAACCUGAAACCAAGGUGAUCUAUAGCAGCACUGAGGGCCCCUCAGGGUCAUCUGUGGGCAGGAAUGACAGCAAGGCAGGGGAUCAGAUGGUGAGCAGCAGUGAUGAGUCCUGGUUAGAUGGCUACCCUGUGACUGAUGGGACCUGGAAGAAGAUAGAGGCAGAAGAUGAAGAAGAUGGAGAUGGGUUAGAUGAGUCAGUGGGACUGGAUGAAAGUAUUCUAGUUACUCCAGACCAGUCCAUUCUUGUGGAAGUUAAGAAGCCUGGGAGUACUGUCCUCACACCAAGUGAGGAUAUGACCGUGACACGUCGUUCAGUUCUUCCAUCUCAAAUGCUGGAUGUGGAGGCUUUGACUCUCAGAACCAUGAAUGUGUCUGAGACCGAGGACUCCAGCAAGGAGGAUGCUGAUAUGACCAGGUACCAGUCAACAGUACCUUGGAGAUUUGCCACAGAGAAGUCUCCCAUGGCCACUCUAUCCUAUGCACUCACCAACUCUACCUUGGACUCAGUAACAACCACUGUUCAGCAGAUGCCUGACCACAUCCCCACAACUAUCAUGGCAGCCACCCAACUGCCAAUGGAAACUACUGCUCCUGAGGUCCAGGAUAGCUUCCCAUACCUGCUGUCUGAGGACUUCUUGGGACAGGAAGUCCCUGGCCCAGGUACAAGUGAGAAGCUUCGUCCAACCUUAGAGCCAUGUGUGGGGGAUGAGUGUCCCAGCUUCAGCAGAGGCCCUGUGAUCGCCACCAUUGUCACUGUCCUUUGCCUGCUGCUGCUCCUGGCAGGCGUGGGAGCAGUGUGGGGUUACCACAAGUGCCAGCACAAGAGCUCCAUGUACAAACUGAAUGUUGGCCAGCGGCAGGCCCGGCACUACCACCAGCAGAUUGAAAUGGAGAAGGUCUAA